AUGGCGGCGUACCACCCUGCCGCGACGCUCUCCUUCCUCCUCGUGCUCUCACUCUUCCUCCUGGCCCGCUCCGACCCGGCGCCGUCCACGCCGGUGCCGCCGUCCACUGCGUGCAACGACACGACGGACCCCACAUUCUGCCGGUCCGUCCUCCCGGCCAACGGCACCGGCAACCUCUACACCUACGGCCGCUUCUCCGCCGCCAAGUCCCUCUCCAAUGCCAACAGGUUCCUCGGCCUCGUCAACCGGUACCUCGCCCGCGGCAGCCUCUCCGACGCCGCGGUCGCCGCGCUGCAGGACUGCCAGCUCCUCUCCGGGCUCAACAUCGACUUCCUCUCCGCCGCGGGCGCCACGCUGAACACGACCAAGUCGACGCUCCUCGACCCGCAGGCCGAGGACGUGCAGACGCUGCUGUCGGCGAUCCUGACCAACCAGCAGACGUGCGCCGACGGCCUGCAGGCCGCCGCGUCGGCGUGGUCCGUGCGCAGCGGCCUCGCCGUGCCCAUUGCCAACAGCACCAAGCUCUACAGCAUCUCGCUGUCGCUCUUCACCCGGGCGUGGGUGCCUCGCGGCAAGGGCAGGAAGCCGAGGCCGGCGUCGUCGUCCACGAAGCCGCCUCGGCAGCGCGGGAGGGGGCUGUUCGACGCCACCGACGACGAGAUGGUGCGCAGGAUGGCGCUCGAGGGGGCCGCGGCGGCGGUGUCGGUUGCUGGCGCGGUCACCGUGGACCAGAGCGGCGCGGGGAACUACACGACCGUCGGGGACGCCGUGGCGGCGGCGCCGAGCAACCUUGGCGCGAGCAGCGGGUACUUCGUGAUACACGUGGCCGCGGGCGUGUACGAGGAGAAUGUGGUGGUGCCCAAGAACAAGAAGUAUGUCAUGAUGGUCGGCGACGGCAUCGGCCAGACGGUGAUCACCGGCAACCGGAGCGUGGUCGACGGCUGGACCACCUUCAACUCCGCCACGUUCGCUGUGCUCGGGCAAGGGUUCGUGGCGGUGAAUAUGACGUUCCGCAACACGGCGGGGCCGGCGAAGCACCAGGCGGUGGCGCUCCGGAGCGGCGCGGACCUCUCCAUCGUGGCCGCGCCGGAGCUCGCCGCCAACACGGCCUUCGCCACCGCCACCUACCUGGGGCGGCCGUGGAAGAUGUACUCGCGCACGGUGAUCAUGCAGUCGGACGUGGCCGGGCUCGUCGACCCGGCGGGGUGGAUGCCGUGGAGCGGCGACUUCGCGCUCAGCACGCUCUACUACGCCGAGUACGACAACUCCGGGGCUGGGUCGGACACGAGCAGGAGGGUGAACUGGCCGGGGUACCAUGUGCUCAACAGCACCGUGGACGCCGGUAACUUCACCGUCGCCAACAUGGUGCUCGGGGACUUCUGGCUGCCGCAAACCGGCGUGCCCUUCACCAUCGGGCUCAACUGA